UUGCAGAUAUCUAACCAACCACAACAUAACAACAAUUGAUAUUGGGUAAUUAAUUAAUCAAACCGGAAGUAAAUUUUCCAUUAUAUAAACGAAGCUGUGCAUGGGCAGAAUAUGAAGUGACUCGUAAACUAAACAGCAGUUAUUAUCAACCAUGUCUUCUCAUGGAGGUAAGUGAACCAUACCUUUUUAAAAUUACGCUUUAACACAUACUAUUGUAAUGAUUAUGCUGAGUUACCUGAGUAGUAAUAAAGUUUGUUAGUAUACUGAGUCUAAUUGUCUAACAGUGUAGUGUAAAACCGCGGUAUUGGGAAAUAUAGAAUUGAUUUCCAGUGGUCGUAACACAUGGCAUUUGCAGAUGCUGAACAUCAUCACGAACAUCAUGAAGAAGCCGGUCAUGGUCAUGACAACAAAGAGCAUUGCAAAUCGUCUGAACACUGUGUGAAAGACUGCCACGACAAAGAGGGUGCUGGUCAUGGAUCUCAUGACAAGCCACAACAUUGUGGAACUGGUUGUCAUAAACCAGGAUCUGGAAAAGAUCACGGUGGUCACUAAACACAUGUACCAGAAAUUCCUAGAUAGUUCAUAAACUUAUUUCUUAAAAAUAACUAACACGAAGUAACUACAGACAUUUUAUUGACUAUUGAAUUUUAAAUAUACAUUUUUAAUGCC